UGCCGUGCCGUGCCAUGCCGUAGUAGUGUAGUAGUGGUAGGGAACGGAACGUCAAGAGCUUCUGCUUCCAUUGUUUUAUUUGCAAUUUUUAUUUAUAUUGUUGUUUACUUUAAUUUAUUUUUAUUUAUUGCCUUAUGAACAUUAUCUGCUUUAUUCGCUGAACCUACCGUGCCUGUGUAAAAGGAAAUAUGAACGAAUUCAAAAAAUUGGUGUUAUUAGAUCUUGAGGACAAUAUCAAGAGAGAUGUUACUGAUGUGGAUGUGGAUGAUAUAUUGAUGCGUUUGAUAUCAAAGAAUGUUAUUAAUUCUGAAGAACAGAGAGCAGUUUUAGGAGGCAAGAAUAAAAUUUCAGAAUUGAUAAAAAUUCUUCUUUCGAAAACUGAGGGAAAUUGGUAUGAAGAAUUCGCAUCAGCUUUAGAGAAUGAUUACAGUUGGAUCUCAAAAAAUUUAAGAUCCAGGUUUGACAAUGAAGUUACUGAAAAACUUGACUUUUAUCUGCAUGGAAGAGGAAAUGUACCUCCACUACCGCAACAUAACAUAAGAAGAACGAAAUACAUCCAACCACUCCGUGACAAAAUAAGAAAUCUAAAGAGAAAUUCCUAUCUAGUUGUCCAUGGUUUGUCUGGUUUAGGUAAAACCUAUCUUGUGGUAGAUGCAUUAAAUGAUGUUGGUCUUCUUGAAAACUCUCUAAAUGGAUGUGUCUAUUGGAUGUCUGUGGGUGAUUUGCGAAAUGAAGAGUUGGACAAAAUACAGUGUCUUCAGCUGCAAAAAAAAUUAUGCACUAUGUCUAACCUUGUCAUAAACCCUCAGAGAGACCUCAGUCCAGAUGAACUUCUGCUAGAACUAAAAAGACACUUCAGUUUGAAGCCAAAUAAUUCUUCUCUUUUAAUCCUUGACAAAGUCAGAUGUUCUAAGGUGAUUGAGAUUUUAAGUGUUGGUUGCAAGAUUCUUAUCACAAGCCAAGACCGUGAUGUGGUAAAGGAUCCCUAUCACAGGGACUUCUAUGAAAUUUCUGAGGGAUUUUCGGAACAAGAGUCAGUUCAACUUCUGAGCGACUUUGUUCUAGAUGGUACCAAAGAACUUGCCCCUCCCAUCAGAGAAUGUGCUACAAAGAUCCACAGGAUGUGGAAAGGCCACCCAAUGAUUAUCCGAUUGAUUGGUGGUGAGCUCUCGGAAACAAAAGAAGAGUCUCAGAGAGAUGUUGCUCGAUGGCAAGUAUAUGAAAAAACAGCCCAACAUGGAACCAACGGAAACGGUGCCCGGCGAAGAAGCGCACAUGAAGAGCAAGUGAAAGAUAUAAUUGAACUAACUACCAAAAAGCUGAAGUCUGAUUUUAAAGAUCGUCUCUUCAUGCUUGCUGUUCUUGUGGAAGAUGCUAAUAUUACAAAGGAAGUAUUGAAAAUACUUUGGGAUGUGGAAAGCCAUGAAGUUGAGAAAACAAUGAAUACACUUUAUAGAAGAAGCUUAGUUCUCAGGAAAUAUGUUGACAAACUGAAGCAGCCAGUAUAUGGUAUUCAUGAUAUUAUUAUGGAAUAUUUAAAGAAGAGUGUUUCCAAAUCUGAUCUUAUAAACAUGCAUAAAGAUCUGAUGAAAAAAAUUUAUAAAUUCUGCCAUGGUGAUUUUUCAACCUUACCAGAAGACAGUUACAUAUUUUCUUACCUUUGUCAUCACGUAGAGAAUGCUAACAUGUGGAAUACUUACCGGGAUCAAUUUUUCCCUCUACGCUACUUAGAACGAAAAUUGAAAGCUACUGGCUCAGGUGACCUCUUGCUGGACCUCCAUAAGUAUCAAUCUGGCUUAGAAAAUAACAAUGAAUACUAUCGCUCCAAAAUGGAAAACAUCAAGAGCUUAGUUAAUGACAGUGGAUGGGACAUUCAUCAGGGUGAUGUGGACAUUGUUCAGUGUGCCUUGUUACAGCCCUCUAAGAGUUACAUAUAUGUCGAAGGAACUGUUAUUGCAAACAGUAAUGAAUCAUCAUCAAUGGUGUACUUUUAUCCCACUCCCACUGGCUCAGGAAAGAAACCAAGGGAUCUGAAGGGAAAUUUCGACAAUGUUCAAGCUGUGAGCCUUGUUGCUAGUAAUUCUGCGAGCCUUGCUGAUGGCCGAUUGCUCAUUUAUCCUGAUCCUGAAGGCCUUAUAGCUGAAAUUGAUAUGCAUUAUAAAGGUAAAAGGCGUUCUUUUAGAGAAAUUAGUCAUGUAGUCAUGCUGAAAAUGUCACCUUUACGUGACAAAUUCUUGUCGGCUUUGGAUAAUGGGUACAUAAAUAUUUGGAGCAUGACCACUGAAAGUACCUCUGCUGCUGAUACUCCACCUCCUAGUUUAAAACAAAAAAGCCACCAGCCAUUCUUUGAGGAUACUCGAAGUACUCCAUGUUUAUCCUUCAGGCACAAACAUCGAGUUAUUUGUGCUUCUUUCUCAAGCGAUGGCAGACUCGUAGUAUCGGCGUCAGCAGAUAAUGUUGUUUGUGUGUGGAGCAUAGAGAAAAAUAGUCUUCUUCAUGAACUAAAAUUGCAUCCUAGUCCCUCAGCAACAGCCUGUUCAUUUGUUUGCAAUGAUACCAUGAUAGUGUAUGGCUGUACAGAUUUCCACUUAUAUUUCUUUGAGUUGGCACAUUCCCACAAGUUUGAAACAAAAAUUGAUGGCAAUUAUGGCAGACUUGUGAACCUUUUGAAUACACAAGGUGAAGGGAGGAAACUAAUUAUAGUCCAGGAGAAAUCGGUUGUUCUCAUGUCAUGGGAACUUGAACGUUUGAGCUACCGUGUUGAGGGGCACCGUGAGAUGGAAUUGAAAAACAUGAGGCGUGAGACUAUUUAUAGCACUGUCAGCCCAGUAAAGAUUAAUUGUGCAGCAUACCAUCAAAAUAAUCUGGUACUGGGAACCUGCAACAAUGGUUUGAUUUUGUUUGAUGUGCUCAGUCAUCAAUUCUCCUACCAGAUCUUGGCAUCAGAGGAAAUUAAAGCUGUUGAUAUUGUGAACAGUCAAGUUGUUCUUGCUCAGAACAAGACUGUCAUCAUGCUUUGGCCAGAACCAAAUAAAAAGUUGGUUGUGAAACAGGUUGAAAGUGCCAGUUUAGGUUGGAAUACUCAUCAUCAGAAACCAUUAUCUGUUCAUGCAGUUGCCACAUCUGAUGGAAAUAUACAGGUUACUGUUCAAAAUGUUUUUCAUGAUGGAAAAGUGAUUGUAGACAAACUGUAUCCAAAUACAUGCUUUGUUCGUGUAUGUGAACAAAGUGAUCAUGUCUUGAUAGGAACCUCCACUGGAGUGGUUGCUCUUUUGGACACAGUAUCAAGUUCAAUUGACACACUUUUUCUGCUACCUUCAAAAAUUACAUAUCUUAGUGUAACUAUGUAUGAAAACAAUCAUGGAAGAGAUUAUGUAUAUUUGGCUACAGCCAAAGAGACUGAUAACAGCGAGGUUUUGGUUUUGAAGGUAAGGGCCGUAAAAAAAGAAUGUAAAAUUUCAUCACCUGUUGUAAAAGUAUUUGUUCACUCUCAAGAGAAUUGUAUGAUUGUUACCCUCCGUGACUCCUCAAUACUGGCCUGGGACUUACUUAGCGGGUGUCCUCCUACUUCUGUUGUGCAAGGCAGAGUGUCAGCAAUGAUAAGCGAUGCAAGUUUUUCUGAAGAAAAGAGUAUAAUUGUCCUUAGCGAUUUAGAAAAUUGCUUUCAUCAAGUUCAUCUGAAAUGGCCUGAGAAAAAACAGGCAGCACCUUAUGAUUCAAACCACUACAGUAGGCUCAUUAUUCCUAAAACCAACGGUACUGAUGUGGUAGAUGGAAUGGGGAGCAGCCCACCUUUGAUGGACAUUGUCUGUGGUGUGUCUGACACCAUCCCACGGUCAACUCUGUCAUGGUGCUGCUCUAUGUCUCCCAAAGGGGAACUGGUAGCUAUAGGACAUGGUGAAUGCAGUGUCUUGGUCUGGAAUCUGAAAACUAAAAGCACUGUGUUUGACUUUGAGGUUCUCCCAGAUCGGCGAAGGAAAGUGGGCCAGCUUCAGUUUUCACAUAAUAAUGUAAAAAUGGGAAAAACUCAAUUCGAGUUGGUUCUCUGUGUUGUAACUGACUGUCUCUCUUUCUAUGACUUAUCAUCCGCUCUCAAUGACAACUCAAGAAUUGGUAAAAGGGAUUCUCCAGAACGCAUUGGUUGUGUGACUGCCUCAGGAAAUGACAUUGUUGAGUUCUCAGCCAACAGCUGUUUCUCAAAGUUCUGUGCUUUUGAUAUUUCUUACUCGUUCUUUUCGUGGUAUGUGUAUGGGGGAAAAUUUAAAGACAUUGUUUUGUGACUAACUUGAAUUUGUCUAGGCUUUGUUACAUUUUGUUAAAACGCUGGACAAAUUUUCUUAAAGUUAUUAUUAAACCAGCCUCAAUCAAAGCUUUUUUAAAAAAAUGUUCCUUUGGCCAUCAAUUUAUUUUUCUAGGCAUUUUAGAUUUAAUGGAUUGUAAGGAGGUUGUUGACUAGCUCAGCCACAGAGUUGUGAUUGUUUAAUUAAUAUAAUCAUGUUAGGUAUCUUAAAAUGAAUUUAUGUAUUUUAUGACAAUUCAUAUCCACCUUGUGAUAAUUAUGUAGAAACCUAUCCCUGACAAACAUGAGACUGUCUUCAUUUCCAUGUGAUUUUCAGGAAUACCCACAAUUACCUUAUGCAAGAACUAUUUUUGGUUUCUUAUGCAAUGCCAUGUGUGCAGUGUCUAUUUAUUCUUGUUUCUACUUUUUUAAUGUUAAGAGAACAUUGUACAGUGUUGAGGGGAGGAAGGAGAUGCUCAAACUAGUAACAGUUGUCUUUUGUGUUCCUUUGCACCCUUGCUAUUUUUAAAUUUUUGUCAAAAGGUAAUUGUGGUUUCUAACAGAUACUCCCAUGGUUAAGUUAUAAGAUGUUUAUUCACCACAUCUGUUUUGUUUGAAUAAAGGUUGUUAACACCUUGUUGAGAGAACAGAUGAGAAAUCAUAUAUGACAUAUGCCAAAGCAUACGGGUUUCUUUUGACUGUGUUCAAUGAAUAUUUGUUUGUGUCGCAGUCAAUUUCAAAUUUAUGCUCACUGUCUGUUCUACUUUUUACUUCAUUUGUCAGAAACGAUGCUGAGUUUUAUGUCUUAUCAUGUGUCUUUUUUGAACUGUUAAAGAACAAUUUUUAUUUUUGCUGUUACAUUAUGACUUCCAGUAUUUUAAAAAUACAGCAAUGCUUCAUAAUUGUACUUAAUGAGUGCCAAAAAAGGCAUUUAUGGUACAAAUCAAUUUGUUCUGAAUGUACGUGCCUUCAAUUUCCCUCUGAGUAUGCUCAAACGUAUAAAGAUAUAUAUUUUUAAUUUAACAUGCAUAGUAUUUUACCUCAAACCAAAAUGUAUUUUUCACAACUUUGUAAAUAUGUAUCAAAUACAUAAAAAUAUAUCUGGAAGAAACUAA